CAGUCAGUAAGCGGCGGACAGGUGAGUUGGUUGUGCAGCAUCUGUCUCUGUAACGGAGCUCCUCCGUGCUGCAGCAUGAGAUAAACAUGUCCGGUUAACGACGUAAUCCGUUUGGAGGCAGCUGAAUUUACCGCCGGUGUGGAGACAUGGAGGCUGUGAGCAAGUGGAGCCCGCAACAAGUGGUGGACUGGAUGAGAGGUCUGGAUGAGAGCCUCUAUCAGUACAUCCCGUCCUUCCAGAGGCAGCAGGUGGACGGAGAGAAGCUGCUCAGGAUGUCCCACCAGGAGCUGCUCUCUCUGGGUGUGGCGCGGGUCGGACACCAGGAGCUGGUGCUGGAGGCCGUCGAUUUGCUCUGCGCUCUGAACUAUGGUGUGGAGUCGGACAACCUGAAAACUCUGGUGGGGAAGAUGAGAGUGGCGCACCACCACCUUAGCAGCGCCGUGUCACAGCGCAGGAAAAACCCGGCCUACCACAGCAAGAACUCCCACCAGCCCACCAACGAGUUCCUGACCGCUGUCGUCGAGCUGAUCGGAGCCGCCAAGAGUCUGCUGGCCUGGCUGGACAGGACUCCUCUGACGACUGCCAAUGACUUCACCUCUACCAAAAGCCAAAUCAUCCAACUGUGUCUGGAGCUCACCUCCACCGUGCAGAAGGACUGUACUGUUUAUGAGAUGGAGGAGAAGAUUCUGGAAGUGUCACAAGCUCUGAACGCCAUCUGCGAGAAGACAGUCCAGGCGACGUCUGACCCCUCCAAAAGCGAGAUGGCCUGUCUGGAGGAGGUCCACAUCACCAACAUCAAACCUGGAGAGGGACUGGGGAUUUACAUCAAAUCCACCUACGACGGGCUUCAUGUCAUCACAGGAACAACGGAGAAUUCUCCUGCAGAUAAAACUCAGAGGAUUCACGCUGGAGAUGAAGUCGUUCAGGUCAACAAACAGACAGUGGUUGGAUGGCAGCUGAAGCACCUGGUGGAGAAACUGAGGACGGAGUCUGGAAGCGUUGCGCUGAUGGUGAAGAAGAGGCCGUCUGGAACUUCUGGUGGCUUUGCACCUGCUCCCCUGAAAAACCUGCGCUGGAGGCCACCACUCGUACAGACAUCUCAGGGAGCUCCGGGUCUUUACAGAUCUCGACAGCCACAAUCCUCAGAGGCUGUUGGGAAAAGAGGGAAGACGGCCAUCUUGGAUUUAUACAUCCCUCCUCCCCCCGCAGCACCAUACUCCCCACUAGAUGGGAACAUAAAUGUGUCUCCAGGUGUGAAAAUGCGUCCCAAGUCUCCAAACUCAUGUCUGGAUACAGAUGUGAGGCGACGCUCGAGUGCUGCAGACGACAAGAGAGUAUCCAUGGGCCCCCCACCUGAACUCAGCCAGCCGGUCCCAGUCCGCCUCAGACAGCGCUCCUCUGCACGCUCUAAACCUCGACCCGUCUCCAUGCCAGUGGAGUCAUUUUCAGGUGUGUCUGACCCGUCCUCCAGAGCUCAGGGAAGGAAAGGGCAGGACAUUCUGCACAGAUACCUGAGUAACGAACGGAUCAGCACCAUCACCGAGGAGGAGCCAUGUUUCCCUCUGCCUUACCGAGGCCACCCGUCUGUCCGGGGCGUCGACCACAUCAGAGGCAGCCAGUGCUUCAUCAGCUCCAACCUGCACAACAGCGCCACCAUCCCUUACCAGGAAGCAGCGACCAAAAAGUCCUCUGCCUCCACCUCUGCUGCUGUUUCUCCUCCUCAGGCUGUAACCAAACAGUCCUCGCUGCUCGGCGGUUGGCUGGCUCGCCUCAGGCUGCUGAGUCACUGAAGAGGCAAAGCACCGAGUUUUUACACAAGUAACAUUAUUCAUCUGGUUCCUGGAAGAGGUUUUAUAGUGUCACCCUGACCCUCAGGAUGUGUGUUCCUAAAUAUCUAAGGAGUAAAUGCAGUUUUUUUUUUCCUUCCCCAGAGCAGCUGGAGACUGUGGUCAACUAAAAAGAUCAUGAACUUUUGGAAUGAACCAAACAACCCAUGGCAGCUAGGAAGCUGAAUAUAAUUACAACAACAUUAAGCUCAUUAGUUUAAUUUUACAUUUAAGAAAUCAGUCAGAUAAUUAGAACAUUUGGUUUUCAAAAAAUUUCAUCUGUCAUCAACACUUACAAAUGAACUGGAAAAUAAUUGAGUCUACCUUGGAGUUGGGUCUAAAAAUUACAGCUUUCCUUUGGCAAUGUUUUUUACAGAUACAUUAAUGUUUUAGGUGUAAUUUAAAAGACAGAACCUUCUAAACAUUAUUUAGAUCAAAUUUCUGCUUUAUGCAUCUAAAACAUCUCCUUCGAAAGAUUCUUUGAAGAAAUCCCAUGUUUCUAUCAUGAUAAGCUUUCAAAAGGUGAUCCUCAGGGAACCAUCGUGGAUCUUCCCAUGGUUUGGAUUUGAGGAGUUUCUGAAGACUUUUUACUAUUGUAAGGAGUGUUUCUGGUUCAUGUUUGGUGCCUUUACACUGAUUAAAUAAUAUGCAAGAACUUUUAAACCUUCUUACUACAGUGAUCAGAGUGUGAGAAAAACAGUAAAAUGGGGCUAGACGAUAUGGCAAGUAAAAGAAGCCCAUUUUUUUUACAGUCAGUUUGAAUAUGUUUUUCCAUCUGUCUGACGUUGUACAGCAACAUUAGAAAAUAUAAAUGGGUUUCAGCUCUUAUUUGAUGUCUUAAAAGUGAGAUUAAAUCUUAAAAAUAGAGUUCACGUUGUCAAUGAUGUAAUUCUGACUUGGAGGCUCUCAAUUUUCUGAAAGUUUGUUUGUAUAUAUUUGACUUAAUCAUACAGAGGUGCCUGAAAACCAAACAAACACAAAAACCCGAAUUAUCUUAUAUUUUAUACAGUAUGUAUAUUAUGUUGAAAACUCACCAUCUAACCCUUUAUUGAUGCCACUGUAAUGAGUUGUUCAAUGAUGUGAAGAUAUAAACACGAAUCCUCCCCGUAUGUACCAUCCAUCACAUGUGACAGAAAGAGGACUGACCAACAAAAAAACUGAAUUUAUUUUCUCCUUCAGUUUUUUUAAUAUUGUUAUUUGUUUUAAAUGGAAAAUUAAACCGUUACAUACAUUGUUAUGGAAUGACGUUAUGCUGGCAUUCAGUUCAUGAUGGCUUGGAUCUAACUGCUUCAACUGGCUGAAUGAAAACUUGGAUGUAACACCAGUAUUUUAAAGACAUUUUGGAGAUCACGUUGUUCACCUGCUGCCAUCUACAUCAGAUACUGGAAUCCCAAGAUGCUGAUGUGUCCAGAGAGGAGAGAGGAGUGUGGCAGGUUCAAACAUCAUAAAACAUACCCUUCUUUCAGCCUUAAAGACACUCAAGAAGAAUUUAGCUACUGACACCUCUACGUCUUGUAGUGACAGUUUUUGAAGGUUGCCUGUUUUAAUCACUGAAAACAAACAUUUAUCAACAAGCUUUGACCCGCUGAGCUUCCAUUCUCACUGCACAAGUCAGUGGCCGGCUCUAAAGUACCUCAUGAUUUGUGUUUACAGCGACAUGAAUCUGCUGAAGAUGAAGCUGGUUUUUGUUUUCAGUAGAUUUUGGUUUCUCUAUUUGUUAAAAUUACAUGACAACAGUUACAAUCCAUAAAAUCUAUCUAACCAGUUCCAGAAGGUGACAGGCACUACGCCUUGAGGUUUCAGGUAUCUCAGUGCAUUUCUGCUCUAAAAGUGGGGAAGCAUUUCUAGACCUCAGAGCCCAUUUUCCUCUCCAGGAGCCGACAGUUCCUCAGCAUUUCUGUACCCUUCCGGUUUAUAAAUCUGGUUUUAUCUUGUAUAGAUUGUGUUUAUUUCAUCACUGGAGUCAGAAUUCCAGGCAUUUAUCUAACAAAGUGUGAUUUUUGCAGUUUUAUCAGAUACAGAAUGGUUAAAAAGUCUAGAUAUGCAAGGCCUCAACAUCUUACUAAAUACUUCUGACGUUCAGCAGUGAUAUAAAUGCAUUGAUAAGUAAAAGAAGUUCAAAAAUGCAAUAAAAAGGUUCUUUAGCAAAGGGAACAUGGAAAAUAGGAAUGUUGCUGAACUGUUCAUUAACUAACGUUUACCAGCAAGAUUUCUAUGAUAGGCAGGUGUAAAGUUGUUAAAGCUGUAAUAUAUCUUAUUAGAUAAAAAGUAAAAAUUUAAAUUGCGGUUUAAUUUCUUAAAUAAAUGGACUCAAACUGAAACUAACAUGAACCAUGACAGCAGCUGACUGAGACAAUAAGUACUCAAAGUUUGGUUUAAGAGUAAAGCUUCAAGUGCUUGAUUCCUAAAUAGCAUGUUUUUCUUUUAAAGAUUUUACCAGAUAUAAAUCCAUCAGUUUAAAUCUCACACCUACACUUGAGUUUAUUCUGAAAACAGCUGCUUUCCUCCUUUGGCAGAGUCGUCUGCAGAUAUUUCCAUGCAGGUCAGGUGGAAGCUGCCAAAAAAUUCAGGAAUAAUUUAAAAAGCAGAACGUAUUUACUCACAGAUCUUAAGUAUUUAGUAUUGUGUCUUAAAUGUACUAAAAAAAGAUUGUUCCAAGAAGUCCUGUGUGUUUGAAGGUCCAAUCAUAAAAACCUUCCUGGAGGUGUUCCUCAGGGAUCCAUUUUGGAUCCCCUAAUGAUUAAAAUUUAAGAGACUUCUAAAGUUUCCUUGUAGACCUUAGCUUUUAUAAAGAGUGUCUGGUUUAUGUUAUCUAACUUUAUACUAACAAAGCAUUAUGCAAGAACUAUGAAGCUACUACACUGUAUCAGAAUAAAGUUAAUAUCACAGAGGCAGCCUUGCAUGUUGUUUACUGGAAAAGUGAGACUAUAACUUUAAGAAACGUGAAAGACUAAAUUUUACAAUUAAAAUGUGAAGUUAAUACAACACACUGUGGCUUAAUUCUAAACACUCAGGAGUUCUGCUGCUACAAGCUCACACGGUUUGGUAUAAGCAGUAGCUUGUGGUGGCUAAUGUUAGCAAACUUUGGAGAUUUUCUGUAUAACUGACAUUACUGAGUCAGUUCCAUUCCACUUGCUUUUACCAAACGGUGUGGUAUUUAAAGCAGAUGAGGAAUAUAUUUGACUGUCAUCAUCAUCACCCUGUAAGGACUGUUUAUUGACACAGUGGCUACUAAAUGUCAAAACUCAUCACUUGUUUAUUGUUCAGAUACUCUAAUCCGUAGAAGAUCUUGUUUGACAAGUUGUGCCGUUUUGCCAAACUUCUUGUAUCAUAAUCUCUUCUUUCCUGUUACGUUUUGUAAAUGUCACUGUGCUUAACUGGCCUCAUUCUUCAUAUGUAAAUAUGAAUUAUCCCAGAGUUCUAUGCUUUAAUGCCUCUGAUGCUUUGCAACUUGUGUAAAAAUAUAAACAAUAAAGUGCAAUUUAUUUUGAAAAGUU